AAAGAGGAAGAAGAAUUAAAGAAGAAGAAAGAGGAAGAAGAAUUAAAGAAGAAGAAAGAGGAAGAAGAAUUAAAGAAAAAGAAGCAAGAUGAAGAAUCAAAGAAGAAUAUAGAGGAAGAUGAGUUGAAGAAGAAGAAAAAGGACGAAGAAUUUAAGAAGAAGAAAGGGGAAGAAGAGUCAAAGAAGCAGAAAGAGGAAGAAGAGUUGAAAAAGAAGAAAAAGGAAGAAGAAUUUAAGAAGAAGAAAGAGGAAGAAGAGUUGAAAAAGCAGAAAGAGGAAGAAGAGUUACAGAAGAAGAAAGAGGAAGAAGAAUUAAAGAAGAAGAAAGAGGAAGAAAAAUCGAAGAAAAAGAAGCAGGAAGAAGAUUCAAAGACGAAGAAAGAGGAAGAAGAGUUAAAGAAAAAUAAUGCAGAGGAAGAAUCGAAGAAGAAAGAGAAAGUGGAUUUAAAGAAACAAGACGACGAGAGAAUAAAACAAGAAGAAAAGAAAGAUGUAAAGAUACCAUUUCGUCCUUUUUCAACGGACGAGGAGAAAGAGAAACCGGAAAUUAAGGACGACCAAAAGACCGGAGAGAACGGAGAAACUCUAAACGUAAUGCGGAGUAAGAUAUCUCCAGGUUCUCCCAGACAGGAUAAGCUGGUUCCCUUAAAGAAGCGAGGUCUAGAAUCCCCCGUAGAUCUGCCCCUCCCGGAGAGUGAUAAGAAGAAACCUAAACUCGACUCAGGAGACGAACCAGCUGAACCUGAACCCGGAGCGGACUCAAGCAUGAUUGUAGGAGAGGAGAUAUCUGAAGCUCCAGUUGUAAUUCAAGGAUCAGGUUCAGGAGCUGAAUGCAAUGCUGGGAAUGCUAAGGUUGGAGCUAGGAAUGGUAGAUCUAGGUCUGUCCGGAAGGUUGAUGAUGAAAGCGAGGAGGAAGAGGAGGAAAGUGAUGAGGAUGAGAAGCCGAUAAAGAAAGGAAGAAAACCGAAGGAAAGUGAAGGUUCCGAGGAUGAAUUCAGUCCUGAUGAAACUCCAAGUAAAGGAAGAGGUAGAGGAGGGAACAGAGGUCGAGGUCGAUGUACACCCAGGGGUCGAGGUCGCGGUAGAGGUCGGGGAAGAGGGAAGCCAGCCUCCGAGGAGAGCGCGGAGGAGUCGGAGGAAAGUGAUAACCAAAAAUCGAAGAAAAACAAGAAGGAAGAUGAAAGCGAGGAAGAAUCUGAAGCAGACGAAUCUCAGCAGAAGAAUGGGCGUGGGAAGAAGAGUGAAAGUGAAGAAGAAGAGAAAGGUCCCGUUCGAAGUGCCGGCCGAGGAAGAGGGCGAGGAGCUGCUCCUGGAAACGGAGCUGCAUUUGGGAAAGCAGCUGCUGCUAAAACAAAUGAAUCUGUGGGAAGACGAGGUAGCUCUAGAGUACAAAUACUUAAACAAAAAGAAGAGGAACGGAAGAAAAAAGAAGAAGAAGAAAGGCUCAAAUUAUACGCAGAAAUGAAAAUAAAAAAGGAAGAACGUGAAAAGAGAAAGCUAGAGAAAAUGAGAACUCUCGGCGCUGAUUACAUGAUGCACGAACGAAAGAGAAAACUGAAAAAGAAACUAAGAAAGCGGAAAGCGGAGAUGACUUUGCAAGCCAGUGAUGAUGAAAAGGAUUUAGAUUACGAGGAGCAGAAGAAGAGGAAGAAAGAGAAGAGGAGGGAGAAGAAGCCGAGGAAAGGGGAUUCUGUGAACAAAGAGUUUUCUCAGUUUUCGUCCGGAAGUGAUGGAACAGGUCUGGAGGAUGAAUCCGACCUAGAGGAAUUAUACCAGGAGAUUGCGGACGAGGCUGACGAUUUGUUUGCCACUGAUCAUGAAUUCAGCUGUGAAUCAGAAGAUGAGGAACAG